AUGCUGGCUUUCGAAGCUCGUCCGUUCACGCUCCCGCCUCUUUUCAUUUAUUCUGUCUUUCCGGUGCUCCCCUCUGCGUCUCCUGCAGCCCUACGGGCGGACCCACCCGCCGGUCAUCAAGAGGUGGUUGGACUGCCGAAGAGGACGAAAUCCUACGGCGAGCAGUGCAGUGCUAUAAGGGCAAGAAUUGGCUUCUUCCCCGACCGCACGGACGUGCAGUGCCUGCACCGAUGGCAGAAGGUGCUCAACCCCGACCUCGUCAAGGGGCCCUGGACCAAAGAGGAGGACGAGCGCAUAACGGAGCUGGUGGCGCAGUACGGCGCCAAGAAGUGGUCGCUCAUCGCGCAGCACCUGCCGGGGCGCAUCGGCAAGCAGUGUCGCGAGCGGUGGCACAACCACCUGAACCCGGGCAUCAAGAAGGAGGCGUGGGGCGAGCACGAGGACGUGCAGCUCAUCAAGGCGCACAAGCUCUUCGGCAACAAGUGGGCCGAAAUCGCCAAGUUCCUGCCGGGCAGGACGGACAACUCGAUCAAGAACCACUGGAACAGCUGCAUGAAGAAGCGCGCCGAGCUCUGCACUCUCGCGGACCUCCUCGCGCUCCCGCCGUCCCCCGGGCUCCCCGAAAUCCCCAUCUCCGCGGAAGUGCUGCAGGCCGCGCGCGAGGGGAAGCCGCUUCCGCCCAUCGGCGGAGACGGCGCCUGCGGGAGCGGGAGCGGGGGAGAGGAGGAGGAGAAUGGGGGGGAGGAGGGUGAUGACGAUGCGGACGCGGAGGAGGGGGCGCGAGGGGCCGAGGUGGACGAUUCGCUCUUCUACGUGCCGCCACAGCUGGACCACCUCGAUGCUGCGCCCUCCACUGCCGUCUCCUCCGCGCCCCCUCCCCUCGUGCCCCUGCCCCCGCUCUUCGACUCCUUCCUCCUCAGCCCCACCACCGGCCCCGCCCUGCCUGCCUCACCGCAAAUCACCGCUCUCAACCUCCCUUCAUCUGCCGUGCAGCCCUUCUCCUCGCCUCUCGGCCUGCGCCAGAUGCUACCUCCCCUGCCGUCCACCGGCUGCCAGACCCCGCGGCAGAUGCAGCCUGCUGCGCCCUCAGCGGGCUGUCAGACGCCAGUGAACGCCAUCUUCUCAGGCCUCUCGCCUUUCCUCUCUGGCCGCAGCCCCCCCUCGUGCGCUGCCUCGCUGUCCAUGUCGUGCCUGCUGCUCAGUGCUGGCCGCUCCCUGGACGGCCCUCCCUCCAUCUUCCGCAAGCGCAGGAGGGUGGUCGAGCCAGAGGGGCUGGGCAGUGCGCAGCGCAGAGCAGGGUCAGCGGGGGCAGCAGAGGAGGACCCUGCUGCAGGCGGGGCUGGCGAAUUUGGUAGCGCCAAGGGGAGUGAUGCAGGCGAUGGUGACAGUGACGGGCGUGGUAAGGGCGGGCUGCUUCUGCGGAUGGGCAAUGGUGCUGGCAGUAAGGAUGGCGGCACCUCGUCCACUCAAGAUGCGUCGUCCACACGAGAUGCCUCGUCUCCAUCCCUCGCACCUGUACCCUCCACAGACACUCCCUCCACUGCCUCUCAUGCCGAUGCUCCUGAGCCUCACUCUGCAGUUGCUGCCUCUGCUGCUACAGCAGCACCACCACCACCUGCAGCAUCGCUGGCAGCUGGUGCUGGGGCAGCAGCGGGAGCAGUGGGGCGAUCGCGUCUGGGUACAGUCCCUGUGGUCGCCUCUCCCAGAGUGGGUCCAGUGCGGUCAGGAGUGGUGGAUAAUGGUGGGAAGGUGGAGGCGACAGAGGGGAGUGCAGGCAGUACAGGAGCAGGCUCGCACAAGGGUCCAGCGCUGAAGGCACAGACGAGGAGGCUCAUCCGCAAGGUGCUGCCUGGGGGAGGCGUUGACUGGCAGGUGGCGGCUGUGGGGCCUGGACUCGCCAGCCUCAGGGGCAUUCUGCAGGCUGCCUCUGGUGCACCGCCGCCCCUCACAGGAGCCCUGCCCUCGCACAUUCGCACAGGCACUGCUGGAGACACAGGGGCAGCGGCCGCAGCAGCAACAGCAGUGGCGGUGCCUGCAGGGCCGCUUGGAUCCGGGCGUCUGCUGGCCUCUGCAGCAGCUGCAGCAGCAGCCAAGGCUCGGCCUGCACCUAGGGAGCUUUGCUCGCCGGAGCUGGCAGGCUCGGGUGCGAGUGUGAGCUACUCAGGGUGCUACAGCAGCUGCAGUGGCAGCCAGUCGUGCAUGAGUGGGGCGCUGUCCCCCUCAGUCACACCAGCGACCUCCCCUCCCGCGGCAGCACUGAUGGCCGCCGCCAGCACCAUGGCGUCUGCCACUGUCACCUCUGCUGCUGCUGCUGCGCCCCCUCCGCCCCUGCAGAUGCCCUCACCCGCGCAGCCCCAACUGCCCCUUGUGCAUGGCAAGAGCGGUGGCAGGGCGGGGAGUGCGAGGGUGGCCCUGGCUGCUUCUGGUAGCAGUGGCGAGGGUGCUGCCGGUGGUUCUGCUCGUGAUGGCUCCGCUGCCACUGGUGCUGAGUGUGCGUCUGCAGAGGCUGGUGAUGCAGCAGUAGCAGAGGUUGGAGAGACGAUGACUGUGGGUACCUCUGGUGCGAGCAAUAGCCAUCACGCUGCUGCUCCCGCAGCACCUGAUGCAGCACCUGAUGAAACACCUGAUGCAUGCGAUGGCGAUGUCCAGAAGGAGGCUGACCCCCUUGGAUGCGCAGAGGCAGUGAGUGAUGUGGUCGCAGGGCCAGAAGAAGGCAAGCCAUGCACGGCACCAGUACCAGUACCAGCGCCACACGCCACCUCCAUGUCUCCGCCCCGCCCGCUCAAGCGCCCCUUCCCUGCAGCCGACAACGCAGAUCCACCAGCUGAUUCCAGUGCUGCUGCUUGCGGCUCUGCAUCCGCCGCUACUGGUGCUGCUGUGGGUGGGGACGGUGGUGGCGGAGGGAAUGGCGGAGAGGCAGGCGCAGCAGCAGCAGUAUCAGCAGGAGGAGAGGCGGGUUCAGAGAGGAAAGUGAGGCGUGUGCGACCACCGCUGCACCGGUGCGUGGGCAAGCCACAGCAGCAGGUGCAGGUGCAGGCGCAGGGGGAGGGAGAGGGCGAGGGUGGAGAGGCGGAGGGAGAAGCAGCAGGCGGCUGUGCUGGCGUGCUGUCUCCUCCCCCUCUCAAGCGCGUGGCAGCAGUGCGAGCAGCAGCUGCAGCCGCCGAGGGACAAGGGAACAGCAUGGGUCGAGCAGAGGCAGCAGGGGGUAAUGGAGGGUCUAAUGCGGUGGGAGGGGGUGCGGGGGCAGCAGGGUCGGAGGGGCAGUGGGUGCUGCAGGAGGUGGGGGUGGAGGGCUCGCUUUUCUCCCCAACGCCCUCGCGUGCAGCCAUGGCGGGCGUGGCGUCACUCGCCUCACCCAUGUCUCCCUUCACCGCCCGCUGGCUCUCGCCUGUGAGGCCGCAGGCUCUGGCAUCGCUGGAUGUCUUCCGCUGCAGCACGCCUGCAUCGAUGCGCAAGGCGGGCUUCACACGCUCGCAUGCGCACGCACAGGCAACCACGCACGUGACGAUGGUGGAUGAUGCAAUGCUCACCCGCACGUUUCGCCUACCCAUUCCGCGCGCGCCAUUACCACCGCCUCUCGGGGCUGACCGCUUUGUGCCUUCGCGAGCCGAGGCACGAAGCGCGGAGGGAUCGGAUGGUGGGGGAAAGAAAGGCGGGCGAAAUGGUGGGAGUGGAGAAUUUGCGGCGCCGUCUCUGUCCAAUCAGCGGACGACGCGCGCGCAUGGGGGAGAGAACGGCGGCGGGCGGAAGACCCGGAGCGGCAGAAGGGAGGGCGGAAUUUCCGCGGCGGAGGAAGCGGAGAGCGCUGCCGGCAGCAGCGGGGCCGUGACGGACUCAAUGCGGCGCAACGCGCAGGCGACGGCGGCCGCGCUGCGCAGCAAGAGCCGGCGCGCCAAGCGAUGGCUCGGACAGCACUAUCUACUGCGGGACGACAUCAGCUUGGCAACGGUGGCAGCAGCGGGCGUGCAGGCAGGUGACGUGGUGGUGGAGGUGGGGCCGGGCACGGGCGCUCUCACUGCUGCGCUCGUCGCUGCUGGCGCGCACGUGAUUGCCGUGGAGAAGGACCCUGACAUGGUACAGCUGGUGCGGGAGCGCUUCUCCCAGUGCCCACAAGUAGAGGUGGUGCAUGCGGACAUCCUCAAGUGGCCCCUGCACGCCCACCUGCCUGCUCGCCUGCACCACCUCACUGACACGGCUGGGGGCGACGCGCACACACUGGGAGGGGCGGAGGGAAGGGCAGCACAGGGCGAAGUGGGGGUGGCGAGUGGUGGGGCAGCAGCACGCACGCGUGGGAUGGAUGGCAUGUUGGGAGAGCCGCCCCUGCCUCUUGCUGCUGCACGGCCUGCUGCUGCUCCCACCGCUGGCGCUGUGGCGAGCAGAGGCAGCGAGGGGGCUGGAGGCAGCAGUGGCGUGCGUGCCAAGGUGGUGACGAACCUGCCGUUCAACAUCACCACGGACUUCCUGCGCCUCUUCCUGCCCCUCGGCCACCUCGUCUCCACCGUCGUCUGCAUGCUGCAGGAUGACGCGGCACAGCGGCUGGUGGAUGCAGCACCGGCAGCAUCACAGUACCGACCCAUGAGUGUCUUCGUGCACUACUAUGCAGACCCCACCUAUCAGUUCUUCGUCAGCCGCCGCAGCUUCCUACCGCCCCCCAAUGUGAAGAGGGCGUUCCAGGCGAAGCGCAAGAUGCUGCGCGCGUCGCUGCAGCCCUCGUACUCGUCGCAGCAGGUGUCCGCUGCUCUCGAGGCACUCUCCUUGCCCGCCACUGCCCGACCCCAGGAGCUGUCAUUGGAGCAGCUGGUGCUGCUCUUCAAUCAGCUUCAUGGCCCGUAG